UAUUUUAUCUUGCCAGUUCAUCUCGAGUUUCCAUAUUUACGCGAGGAGAGUCUUUUUGCAAAAAAUACGAUUUCCAAAAAAGUCGUCACACUUUCAACCAUCCUUUGCCUUCACAAUGCCAUCUUCUUGUAAAGAAAUCAGGCAGGAACUUGUAGAUUGCAUGCUCAAGUCAGAUUGUGUGGUCAAAAAUGGAAAUAGCGUAAAAGAAUGCUUCAAGGAAGAGCAUGCUAACGACGUUCCUAAGGAAUGCCAUUCAAUUCUCAAAAGUUUCUAUGAAUGCAGGCGUGGAAUGUUGGAUCCUCGCAUGCGCUUCCGUGGAAACAAAACUCAAUAACCAAUACCUGUAGAAAAUACACGUUGCGAGGAGAAUCAACGUGCACAACCCUGACCUUCCCAUAGAUUAUGUACCAUAUACUCUUUUUUUUUUAUUUUGUUGGAAACAAAGAAAAGAACCGUUUGUAUAAAAUAGAGUCAGGAUUGGUGAUACAUUCCAUACAUGUU